GUUCUGCAACGAAGUCUUGAAGAUUUCCCAAGUAUGCAUCCUUCGCACUCAAAUUUCGUAAAAUUAUGACUUGCCGGGGUGAAAUGGAUUAGGUAUAAAUACACGCCCUGGUCUAUCAAAUCAUCACAUCUUCCAGUGACAAGUUAAGAGAAGCACCAACAAUCAUGAACAAACUCGUAUUCACCGUUCUCGCCUUAUUCGCUUAUGGAGUAUUGGCAGCUCCUAAGCCAGAAGCUAAAGCCGAGGCAAAACCAGGAGUAUUAGCAGCAGCACCAUUAGUAGCAACAGCGCCAGUUGUAGCCCCAGCUGUAGUAACAGCGCAAAGCUCUCAGGCCAUCUUGAGAACCUACAGUGCUCUAGCUUCCCCAUACGUUGCUUCAGCUCCUUUGGUAGCAGCUCCAGCACCUCUGAUAUCCUCGCCUUAUGUAUCUAGUUACUCGUAUGCUCCUUAUUUCGCAGCUCCUUAUAUCAUUUGAAUUGAUUUAGAAGAAUGAUUUUUUGUUUUUGUUCCCAAUAUAAAUGUACAGAUCGA